GCCCUCCUGUCCUCUGUCUAUGUGUCAUCAUCCUUCCCAGGAUCCCCAGUUCCAGGAGACCUUCACUCAGUCGUCCAUCCCCGUGUGGAGAGGAGUCGAGUUUUUCUCCCCGGAGCAGGUGAGGAUCGACAGCCGGCCUCCGCCUUCUCAAGCUGCAGCAGAGACGAGCGUGAAGAUCAGACCAUGAGGAGUGGAGCUGGCCUGUGUGUGCUGGGCCUGCUGGGCCUCCUCAGCUCCGUGCUCGGGCAGGCCCCAGAGGAGGUGCCGCCCGGCAUCCUGGUAUUCUGUGACAGCCCCGUGGUGAAGACGGUCGCCGGCAGCGCCGUGCACAAGUUCAACGAGAGGCUGAGCACUGGAAACAAACUGGCUCUCUAUCAGAUACUGUCAGCCGUCAAGUCAGAGAGCGGCACAGGCUCCGUGUACUCACUGCAGUUCACCACCAGGAGAAGUGACUGUCCGGCCGGCAGCAGCAAGCCGUGGACGGACUGUGACUAUCUGCCUUCUGGACACAAGAAUCCGAUUUCAUGCAACGCCACGGUUCUCCUGACAGAGACAGACGCAGACACUCAGCAGGUGCAUUGUCAGAUGGACAAUUACAUCCUUCCAGAGAAAGCUUCCUGUCUGGGCUGCCCCGAGGACAUCGAAGAAAACUCAGAGGACCUCAAAACCCCCGUCUCCGUCUCCAUCUCCAAGUUCAACUCCAUCUCCGACUCCACUCACCUGUUCACCCUGAACGACAUCGGCUACGCCACCAGACAGGUGAUCGCAGGUCUCAGGUACAAGCUGAGGUUUGAUAUGAAGAAAACCACCUGCAGCAAGGCCGAACACAAAGACCUCAACGUACUGUGUGUCCCUGAUGAAAAGGAUGUGGAGUUUACAAACUGUAACUCGACAGUGGAUUUGGCUCCGUGGAGACAGGAGACUCCAGUUGCAAAGAUCGAGUGUGAAGCAGGAGCUCUUUCUCCCAUGCUGUUCAAAAGGCGUCGUCCUACAGGCUGGUCUCCCCUCAGGAACCUUCUGUAUGACGUCCCCUCGACCUCACCCUCACACUUACCCUCCCCGGCUCCCGCCAAAGAAGAAUCAUCGGAGGAGGACGUCACGGCCGUCAAACCGUCCGGCCUGCCCAACGUGGCAGCAGAUCCUGUGAGUGACAGCCCCUUCCACUGCCCCUCCGAACCCUGGAAGACUUUCCACCCGGUCCAACCCGCCGCCACCGGGGCGGUCCCAGAGGCCGUCUCCCCACAGCCGCCCGCAGACGGGGGCUUCCGUGACGCAGACCUGCUGGCAUGAAUAUUUCCACAUUCCACAGAUUGUCUUUGUUUUGAAGGAACCUCUUCGGGGGGGUAACGGGCCCUGUAGCUCCUCAGACAGCACUGGACGAAUAAGGACUGAAAUGAUCACAGAGGUCGUUGCUGUUAUCAGAUAAAUUGAUGUGUAAGCGAGGAGGCUCAGUUCCCUGUGUGUUUAUUAGAGAUACAUUCUGCCAGGAAGAUGAAAUAAAACUUUGCUCUUUGUGCUCA